AUGCUCCAGGAGGUUGAUGACAUAUUCCAUGAGUUACUCAGCAGAAUUGGGCAGCGUAGCGGCAACAUCUCUGGCUUCCGUGGGGACCUAUACAACAAGGAUGGGGCAUGCAUAAGCAGGUGUAGGGAAAUUGUAAAUUUAAUGCUAUACAUGAAAGGAUAUCAUUACAACCAGGGAACUGGAACAUGGGACAAAAAGACAAUACCGCACGGCACCACGAGGACUUUUAAGGAAUAUUUAGAAUGCAUACUAGGCAGUGAGGUUUUAUUACGGCUAUAUGCACGUAAUACACAUCAUCAGGGACUUAUAACAGAAGUUUCCGAUAAGUUAGGACAAUCGAACAAUUUGUUCGGGCAGAAGUUUGAACCUGGAUUGUGCGAAAACAUAGAUUUUGGGAACAUACUAUUUCAAUCAAAGAGCAUUGGCACAGGCAUAAAGAAUCGAUUAGAGCAGUUGAGUCAGCAAUGGGCACCAACACAUGUAGGCCGCGGGUAUACAGCGUCAGGGACAUGUGGAUGGGAUGAUGCAGACGACGCUGAUGAAGACGGGAAACCGCAGCGUGACGAAGAAUGUAAUGAAAACGCAGGGGUGAUAACAGAAGACGACGCGCUCAUGAAGGAAAUAAAGGGCUGGGUACCAAUUGGUCCCUUUCCACACGUGAAGAAGGUGCUAGAGGACAUGCAAAAAAAUGGGGUGUCUAAGGAGAAAUGUGAACUUGAGCAGAAGAUAAGGAACGGGGUCAAGACAGUGAAGGACAGAGUGAAUCCACCGAAGAAAUCACAGCCACCGGAGAAACCGGCCGGUGCUAACGGCAAUCCGCGCGGCCCUGUCCAAACAGUAGGGGCGACACCGGUAUCACCACCGGGAAGUGGGACGCCGACGUCGCCAUCUGGUGGUGGUGGUGGUAAGGCUGGUGGUGCGGACGGAGGGAAGGGGCAAGGGAAGGCUGGAGAAGCAGAGGCUUGUCCAUGGCAGAGCAUAUUGGAAGGCAAGAGCAGGCACGUACACGUGCUGAAGCAUUAUGAUAGUGCUGAACUGGAAAGACUGAAGACCGUAUUGCAGCAAUUUACUGAUUAUAUGGAAGAGAAAAAGGAUAUGAUGGAUGCAUACGGUGAAAAUUGUCACAAUUCUGGUUGGGAUGAUUUCGGCGAUGCUCAUCAAUAUAAGGGACAAACGGUAGCAGAUGUCGUACGGUGCAGAGUUAUGAGCACAGCACUGUUCUUUGCGAACAAGCAGGGAAAAAAUGGCGAUAGUGAGCACGGACAGAAAACGCAUGACGAUGAAUUGUACGAAAAGUUAAGGUGUGAAGUAGCCCAUGUAUUUGGAUACAUGCUCAAGCAUCAGUAUUGUAAAACACAAGGAUGGAAGAGGGGUGUGGAGUAUGCCUGGAAAACAGUGAAGACCAUGGGACAGGGUGGGCCGCAUGGUACAGGCGCCAUACCGGGUCCUGUUAUGGAUGGCACAUGCACACAAUGCGGGUACGCAGGCCGUAAGACGCAGCUGGGCUUAAUAAAUGGACACAUCGCAGAAUGGUUCGUAGACCAAGGAAUAAUGGGAGAUAUAGCAAAGAUAGAGCAGCAGAUGCCCUGUGAUCAGGAUUGGAGGGCGUAUAAACAAAGUCAGGGUGUUACAGACACAGACCAGGACAUUAGCAACCAGCUGCCUCAUGUGAAGAAAACAGAGGAUGAGAUAAGGACGAAGACGAAAACAGCUUUUGACGAGGUUACAAAGAUAGUGGACCAGAAAAUUCAGGAAAAGCACGAUGCGGCAACGGCAGGUAAGGAUAAGAAUAAUAAGAACACUAAGAAUACACAUAAUCCGAAUACGUUUAGCACGACGACACCCACAACGGACGCGCCACCGAAGACUGUUGUUUCCGGGGAUGAGAAGACAACUGACAACGGGAAGAAACAAACGGAUGGCGCUUCCAACACAACUCAGCCGUCAACGACACCACCACCACCCCCACCUCCACCAUCCGCGUCCCCCGCGGCACCACCAGCAGCAGGAUCCACGGGAGCAACACGAGCAACGGGGGAAUCAGGAGCACAGGAACCAACGGAACAAUCAGGUGAGGAAAAGUGUAAGGACAAUCUGCGGCACAGCGCACCCCGUUCCCGUAGUAUUGUUAUAACUGCAACUUGCACGUCCGAUGCAGCUUUAGGAGGAGGAAACCACGUCCCCGAUGCUAGAGCUCAUGGUAGUACAACGCCAGUUGACGAGGCAGAUAAGAACGCGCAAUCCGAGGACCAAACCCAACGUCCACAGCAUGUUGGGAGUAGUACACCAGCAGGUGCAACAGAUCACAAAGAUUCUACAACGGGGGAAACGACAGUAACUACGCCUGCCGAAGAAGUAGUACCCCAGAGUCCCUCUUCUAUAGGAGGUACAGCAGGUGACAGCGCAAGCCCCGAAGUUAAGACCACGGGCUACCCUUCCCCAACUAGUCCACCUCCAGGUGGUAAUAAGGAUGCUUCCACAACUCAGAGUACUGAUACGGGCGGUCAACAGAGCACUCCACCUACCCCCAGCUCCCGUGACCAAGUCGUAGAUGGCGGCAACGAUGACCCCCCUCCUCUCAAUCCACCCAAACCAAAACCGAACCCAAACCCAGAUCAAUCCGGUAGUAGCGGCGACGACGGAGGCGCCGACCAGUCCUCAGGAGGUGGUGCACAUGGUGUUUCUGGUGGGGAAGGAAAGGGAGGUGAGGAUGGUCAAAAGGAUGGUGGAGCAGGUGGUGCAGUUGGUGGUGGUACGGGUGGUAGUAGUGGUGUUAAUGGUGGUGUUAGUGGUGGUGGUACUGGCCGUGGUGCAGGUGCUGCAGUUGGUGGAGCAGGUGGUUCCCCUCCUUCCGGUGGUCCAAGUAAAGGAGCUAAUGACCAACCUCUUCCUACCCCACCCCCUCCGUCGAAACCAUUCAACCCCAAGGAUCUCAUCCCCUACACCCCCGCGAUCAUUCCCGCGGUGGUUGGUAUCGGGAUCAUUGCGUUCUUCCUAUGGAAGUACUUUGCGUACCUCGGAACAAACAGACGACGAACAUAUCGAACCGUUCGUGACGUGCCGUCACCGCCACUCGACGAAGAAAUAUUGGCGCAUCUACAACGCGGCGACCUGCCGCCACCCGAUUACGGGUACACCAUGGUUAGGGACACGCCACCUUCGUCCGCUGCCGAACGACGCGGACAACGCCCACCGCGCGUGCAUACGCGCACGAUCAUCGAGCUACAUUUAGAAGUGCUCAACGAAUGUGAAGCGGCCGAGUGGGAAAACGUCAGAGACGACUAUUGGAAGAUUGUCGUGGAGCAGUUUGCGCGCGACUUGCAGCAGGACACGGACACGAAUAACAAUAUCUUGGGUGUUUCUACCUCCGACUAUGGUUCUCCAGGGAGCAAUGUUCCAUCCACCGCGGAUCCAUCCACUGACUUCGACGGAACAGAUCCAUGUUCACCACAUGACUGCGAUCCAUGCAGUGGUAUGGCAACCAUGCAGUUAGCAACGGACCGUUCUGCACCUAACGAAGAGGACCCCGAUCCAUGGAGUUGUAUGGAAACCAUACAGUUAGAAACGGACCCAUGUCCACCGAAUGAACAAGACCCCGAUCCAUGGAGUUGUAUGGAAUCCAUACAGUUAGAAACAGACCCGUUUCCACCUAACGCAGAUAACCACGAUCCAUGGCGUUGUAUGGAAAACAUACAGUUAGAUGCAGCACAGCGUCCCGCUACUGGUCCCGGGCAUGUGACGUCGGAGUGCACCCAAUGCAUCCCUUGGAUUGAACAACACAAACAUAUUGUGCGGGCGUGCACGACGCAGCCGUGGUUUAAUGCCCUCAAAUCGGAAUGGAAACAAUAUUAUCAACAACAUGCGACAGACGCCGCAUCCAGUGAGCACAGGACAGCCGCAACCAUGGAAAGCAAGAAAUUGGACUUGUGGAAACAAUGGGUAGCGCAACAACAUCAGCAACUCAGUACAUACAGUGAGCAGGAGUGGUUUCAACAUUUGUUGAAUAAUGUAGAGGAGGAGACAGUACCGCAAAAAGCCGAAGUACCUCGCGAGGAACAACACUUAGAAGUGGAAACAGUAAUGGCCGCAGAAGACUUGCUACGCGUGAGAGAUUUACCGCGGUCGCAACCACUGCAUCAGCCACCGCAUAUGACAAAACCGUUAAACGCUAACAUAUGGAUACUGAUCCUUGCAUUAAUCAUAGAACAGUGCGAGCUGGAAUGUACUAUACAGGAUAGGGACUUAUAUGUUGAUACUUUCUUAGAACACCUUUAA